AUGCUUGACACCAGAGGUUCUGAAUUUCAACUGGGAAAAUGUUCACGGAAAUCAUUCCCUUUUCAGGGUCUUAUCAAAGAACUGCUUUUCUUGCCCGGUACCGACGCCACAAGUUUAGCCUGUACUAAAAAUGUUGGCAGAACGGAAGGUAAAAACACCUUAGUUUUACCAGAGCGGCAUUUUCAUUUUGUUGAAGGAGGAAGCCAGUAUCAAAGUGAAAUUACAAGUGAAAAAAGUUGCACCUGGAAAGAUAUGGGAAAUAUUGCAUACGACCUGAAGAAAAAUUUACUCAAAGUAUGUUUGAAUGGAAUAUGGCGAGAUACACCUGAUCGACAUCGCUGUCAGCUGGACUAUUUUGAAUGGUAUCAGGAUUUAAUGGUAGAAGGCGGUGCUGUUGACGUUGAAGUAUUUUCCAUUCCUGGAGAAGGGUUGUUUGCUGCAUUUGCCAGUAACGCGCCAAUCGAUGAUAAAGCCCAAACCACAAACAGAUCGAAAACAAGAAGCACUUCCAGCAGAACUUCAGCAAUGUACAAAUGGAUCAACGGAAAGUUUAUGCUUUACCAAACUCUUCCCAGUGAUGCAGCUCAUUCUUUUAAGAGCUUUAAAAUAGGACAACAGUUUUUUCUGGCUGUCGCCAAUUAUGGCGCUGCAAUGGACGGCUCUUCUACAAUUUCCACCAUUUUCAGAUGGAAUAUGGAGCGACAAAAAUUUCGCGUUUUUCAACAACUUCAGACUUGGACAGCCACUGAUAUUGAAUUCUUUGAUAUCAAAGGAACGAAAUUCAUUGCAGUUGUGAAUUACGCAAAAGGAAACAGUUUAUUUGCUACAUCCGUCAUUUAUCGGUGGAAUCGAAAGAUACGGCGUUUUCAAAAAGUGCAGCAACUGAAGACAACAGGAGCUCGAGAUAUGACAGCGUUUCAGGUGCUAGAUUAUCAAUUUCUCAUUGUUUCACAAGCAUUCAAUGGUCGAACGACUCUGUUAGAUUCCGAUGUAUAUAUAUGGCACGAUGGAAAGUUUGUCAAAUUUAGCAGUAUGGAGACGAUGGGUGCUGUGGACUGGGAAUAUUUUUCAAUAAACAAUGAACAUUAUUUGGCUGUUGUAAACAGUUAUAACUUUGGGCCACAGAAUUAUCAGAAAACAAACACGUAUUCAACACAGUCAUCGAUAUACAAACUCAAUAUUCGUAAGAAAGUGUUCGAACGCCUUCAGGAUGUCCCAACUUACAGUGCCAUAGACUGGGAAUUCUUUACAAUUGGCGAACAAAAAUAUUUAGUCGUAUCGAAUGCACAGAACACGGAGGAUUCAAGGGAACAUGACAGCGUGAUCUAUCGAUGGCAAGGAGUCGAUCAAUUUGUCCCGGUACAUCGAAUGAAGUUGUUACCAACAGCCGACUUCGAAGCUUUUAAAAUCGGACAGGAUAUUUAUUUGCUCUAUGCAAAUCCCAAAUCCAAUGUUUCUCAAAUACUAAAAGCAAAGUUCAUAUGA